UAAAUCUGUUAAUUUCAGAAGAAAUGUAAAAAAACUGGUUCGGCAAAGAAUCGGUUAAACUAAAGAUGCGGGGUAGCAUCCCUCCUCUUCAUGAUAUACGGGUCCCUUACAGAACACCCGCUAUCCAACACUGAAUUCAGGGCGCUUCUUCAAGCCUCUCUGCGAUUUUACAGACUCCACAAGUUACUUAUUAUUUUAUUUAAGAACGAGAGGAAUAUGUGGCUCAAGUGUUCAGUAGGGCUUAAACAAGUAACCUAGUUUUGUGAAAAAGAAAAACAUGAAAGUGAAAAUAUGAUAAUACUAAAUUUAAUUUAUUUUACCCCCGUGUUAAAUUAAGUGAAAUAGUUGAAGAAAAUCGGGGAAAGUGUUGUUAAGUUUGAACUAAAUUUACAAACUAUUAGAGUCCGGACAGUUCUAAUCGAGACGAGCCUUACAAUUUGCAAUGCCUAAAAGUUAGGACAAGAGAGGAUGACUACUACCAUUAAGGAAUUGGUCUCAAAGAAAAAACGUCGGUUUGUGCAGGAUGGCUUCAAUCUCGAUCUUACAUAUAUCUCAGACCGAGUUAUCGCAAUGGGUUUUCCGGCAACGUCAGUCGAAGCUAUGUACAGGAACAAUAUGGACGAUGUCAGAAAAAUGUUGGAACAGAAGCAUAAGGACCAUUACAAGUUGUACAACCUGUGCAGUGAAAAAUCCUACGAUCCGCAAAAAUUUCAGGGAGUAUGGUUGAACGAGGACGAGAAAAAUGUUGCUGUUGUACACUGUAAAGCCGGCAAAGGACGAACAGGAUUAAUGAUCUGCGCUUACCUACUUCAUAGUAGAAAAUUACUAUCCGCUGAAGAGGUGUUGAGCUUUUAUGGUUUGGCUCGAACACAUGACGAGAAGGGGGUAACAAUCCCCUCACAGAGGAGAUAUGUAGACUACUACGCAGCUAUGAUAAAUGAGAAUCUACAAUAUAGUCCUGUCAAACUUUACCUUUACAGUUUCGUAAUUGAUCCUCUACCCGCACUUAGUCUAGGUCUACAGCAGGACGGUUAUAUACAGUUCGAGGUUCGACAGACAAGAGUUCGACCCUUUACCAGCGAGGUUUAUCAGGUCAAACGAACCGACGGCCGAAUAAACAUCGUCCUACCUCAGCCGCUUCUUAUCGUCGGCGAUGUUAAAAUCGAGUUUAUCCAGAAGAACGAUGUUUUUAACUUCGGCAAGGGGAAAGGCAGGAAGUUUAUGACACAGACACACAAACUGUUUCACUUCUGGUUGAACACAUUCUUCAUAGAUCUGGAGAGGUGUAGCCCUCUAACUCAUGAAAUCACAGAACCAUCGCCAGAAGAGCUUUUUCAUCUAAGUUUGGCGCCCAUAUGUAGAUCCUCCGCUUUAACUCACGAGUCCUUAUCCGCCCGCCCGAGCCUGCCGGUCAAACCACCCGAGCAGCCCGGGGAUAGAAACUGUCGAUCAACCCAUAAUUCUGGCGGGAACGGUGUGGCGCCGGAGCAACUUCCACCGCCACGGCAGUUGCGCUCACAUUUAAGCACAGGUUCUGAACCGCACACCCCGAAAUUUACCGAGGUCGAGGAUUUGGAACCCCGGUCUCCGAACGGAAGUUGCCUGGCUAGCAUGCAGACCAUUCACUCCCACCCUCCAGCUCGUACAGUUUCUAUAAUUGAACCGAUUAAACAGAGAGCAGAGGUUGAUUGUGAUAGAGGGGUGAAGUUGAUGUCCAUCUCUGAUGAUACUCUUACCGAAGGGGGACACGAGGAAACUACCCAUAGUUCUUUCAAUUCGAAGCGUACGCGGCACAGUAGUGUGCCAAUGACCUCUAAAUCUGGUUUAAGUCAUCAGCAGACACGCUUCACGCGAACAAUCCCAGGAAAACUCAUGUCGGUUCGGCUGAAGAAGAAUCAGAUUGAUAAUGCGAAUAAGGACAAGUUUAACACCAAGUUCAGCGACAACUUUAACGUAACUUUGUUCCUCGUUCGUCCAACAGAUCAGACGCUGCAGGACGAAUUCUCAAGAUCAAACCUCAUCUGCCAGCAUGCUGAGGGAGUUGAAGGAGGAUAUACCGAUGUUGCUCCCGUAGACUGCUGGUCAGAACGAGAGAGCAGUGACGAAGAUCAGCCUCGAGAGGAGAGUGGUCCUGCCGAAGUUUUUAACGACGAAAAUCCUCGGUUGCAUCCCGGCUCCGCGGUUGAGCUGGCCCCGCGGACUGAACCCCCUGUCUUGCACGGCAUGGUACGGAACCGGACCGAACCAAGCCGACCUUUGGCCUUUCUUACUCCUGUUACUGGUCCCACUACAUGGAUUUAAAUCAGGCACAAUUCAGAAGUGUUGUACAGUUCACCUGCUGCCAUUUCUUAGACAUUAAUCCCACGGGGUGGAUACGUCCCCUGAAAGGAGAGGUCUGUGACCGCGGUCCUGACAACCUUGUGAGACUGACUUUUUUACCUCAAAUCUAACUAUAUAUAUAUAAAUAUAUAUAAAUAUAUAACUUCUUAAGCUUCUGUCUUCGAAGCUCUCCCGGUCCACGAGGAAGUGAAAACAAGCGCCUGGUGACGUGAUAAAUGCGGGAGAAGGCGAUUCACACAACUUUGCGAAUUUUUGUUGAAUUGCCAACCCAAAUGCAAUCUCUCUUGCCGCACAGAUAGAAAAGUUCGUCUAAAAUGUAUGAAAUUAUUAGUAUACAAGAAUUAUCUACAAAAUCUUAAAUAUUUGCUGCAUUGGGGUUCAUUCUGCCUAAAUACAUAGUUUACAAAGUAAUGAUUAAUGGGUGUGACGAAAAUGAACAAGAAUAUUAUUUAUUUAUUUUCGUUUUGUUUGAUAUAGUUUUUUCUUUUUUUCUGCAAGGGGUAUUUUAUUUUAUAUCCCCUAAACGCUAUGGUAUAGUUAACUCAAAGCUUUAGUUUCUAUAAAAACCACUUGAAGGAGACACAUGGAUUUUGUAUCUCUAUUUUUUCCAAUGAAUGUUGUGAGGGACCUCAAGUUUAAAAAUUAUUACGUUUUCUGUGAUGUUCUAUCCACAUUGACAGCUAGAUAGAUAAAUUGUAUAGUAGCCACAAUAGCUGAUACCCCCCUCCCUUCUACCACCAUUGUAAAAUGAUAUAAAUCAGGCGAAGUGUAAUUGUUAUUUUUUCCCGACACAGCAUAGUUUUUAUUAAUAAUUAAAGUUCUUUAAACAAUUGUGUAAGUGUAAUUCAACUUUGCUCUGAGAAUUAUCAUUCCGCUCCCACUUUACAACAAGUAAAUAUAUUUUGGUCAACUGUUAAGAAUUAAUUGAAAUUGUAAAUUUGGUUCAACUACAGAAUUGACUGUACAGUAAGUAGACAUCCGACAGCUAUUAUACAAACAUUUAAUAUAAUUUCUGAACGCUAGUGGUCAAACUUUUUAUUACUGAGAAAAGAGACACCCAGAAACCAUUAAUUGAACUAUCGACGUAAUGUAAUGCUAUCCCCAAUAAAAGUUUCAUGACUAA